CCUACAUCGAUAAGUUUUGGUGAAAUUUAUGGGUCUAUUUAGGGUGUGUGGGAUCACCUAUUCCUAUUUUUCUGAACAAACAGUGAUCCAGAAAACGGUGUUGAAGGUCAGCAUUCACUCACAGUACUGCAAAACUCAGGUGUUGAAGGCAGUUGCAAAAUUUACAGGGAUUGAGCAGGUAUCAGUGGAUGAUGUCAAGGGGACACUUACAGUGGUGGGGAAGGUCGAUGCAGUUAAAUUGACAAAGCAAGUGAGGAAGACAGGAAAGGUAGUAGAGAUCAUCAGUGUUGGUCCACCAAAGCCGGAUGAACCAAAGCCCAAACCAUUGACGCCCCUUCCUCCCAUCUGCCAUUGUAUGGAAUGCCAGCUUGUCGCUGUCAGCUUCGUUCCCUAUGAUGGUCCUUCCUGCGCCAUUCUGUGACAGUUAAGUGAAGCCAUUGUUACCAAGUUUGUUCAUAUUCAGUGUGAAAUGUGUGCAGUAAAUACGAUCCUCCUUACAAAAGGAAAACUGGGCAAGUUAGGUAAACUGCAUCCAUAUCGGAUGCAUAUUUAAGGUUUCUUUGGGUUGUUUGGCUUAAUCAUUUCAUUUGUUAUGUGCGGUCAACCCCCAUACUGUUCCAAAGAGAUUCCAUUAUGCAAGUGACAA